AGCCACUUUCCAGAACGGGCGGGCCGCAGGGCCUGCGCGGUUCAUCCGGGCCUCGUGCACGCCCUCCCCGAGAGGCCUCUCGCGAAGGCCCCCGGGGCGGGGCGCUGAGGCCUCUGGCUCCCCCCGGGUUCCGCGAUGGUUCGCGCUGGGCGCGCGCGCGAGGCUUGAAGACCGGCGAGGCGCGGGUGGUGAGGGCGCAUUGGCCGAGCGGUCGGCGAGGUGUGCCAUGGCCGCGCUGCGCGCCGAGCUGCGCUCCCUGCGAGCAGAGGUGGCGGCCCUGCGGCGGACCUGCCGGGAGUCGCCGGCGCCCGGGGAGGAGGCCGCCCUAAUGCCAAAAUCCUUUCAAGAACUAUACCACUCAAAGACUGGAGGAUGGGAGUCUUCAGAAGAUCUGAGAAGUCAGCUUGGACAUUUAGAAUCAGAACUUUCAUUUCUAAGUACACUGACUGGUAUCAAUAUAAGAAACUACUCUAAGAAGACAGAGGACCUAACGAGCACUGAGAUGACAGAUAAGAGUGUAAAGAAAGUUUUGCAGAGACACAGACUAUCAGGAAAUUGCCACAUGGUUACAUUUCAACUUGAAUUUCAGAUUCUGGAAAUUCAGAAUGUGGAGAGCUCGUCUUCUGUUAUUACUGACCUCAACAUAAUAAUGGAGCCCACAGAAUACUCAGAACUAGGUGAAUUUGUGUCUAGAGCAGAAGAAAGAAGAGAUCUCUUCAUGUUCUUCCGAAGCUUGCAUUUUUUUGUGGAGUGGUACGAAUAUCGCAAGCGCACAUUUAAGCAUUUCAAGGAGAAGUACCCAGCCGUUGUGCACCUCCCGGAGGGGGCAGCCUCCCGCUGCCUGGGGAUCCGCAGCACCAGCCAGCCUGGGUUUGAGUUAGUCAUCGUCUGGAGGAUACAGACAGACAGUGAGGGGAAGGUCGUGCCCAAGCUGGAUCUUCUCACCAAAGUCCCACAGCAAGCCCUGGAGCUGGACAAGAGUGGAGUCAUAGACGCUGCUCCACUCAGCUUCCGGACCCUGCUGGGAGUGCUGGGGAUCGAAGCAGCUUUAGAAAGCCUGAUCCAGCUGCUUUGCUCAGAGCACAGUUCGUCCCCAACGGCCAGCGUGUGAGAGUGGGAUGCUGUGCCCGCUCAGCACACGACCGCGCUGCGCACACACGGACGCUGUGCCCACUUAGCAACCGCACCCUUAAAGCAGCCGUCCAUGCUUACGACAGUCUACACAAUCUCUAAUGUGGAAAAUUUCACUGUUUAAGUAAAAAAUGCGAGAUACACUUAACAGGGCAUGGUUUUAAAGUGAGUUUAACGUUUGGGGAAACGUGCCAAGAACAGCUGUGUGUGGUUGGGUGCAGGAGGGACUGUAUCCACCGGGGCCUUCACACUGGGCGGCCAGCAGAGGCAGCCAGCAGCCGUCUGGGGAGCUCUUAGGGAGCAGCACCACCUUGUUGCCUCCUCCGGGUUGUGGAGUAGCUCUGCCAGACGGAGGCGCUCUCAGCAAGUCCUCUCCCUC